AUGUUAAACGUCGAGGAGUUCGUUUGCCCGGAGCUGCGGCUGGCAAUGUGCCAUGUAAAAGAAGCUAUCAGAAUUAUCAUGCACUGUCUUGUCAUUUGCCGUAGUCUUGGCGGCUCACAGCCAGUCGAUCUCAAAGCCGUUGUGUCGGAACUCUUUGACGUAGAGUACUUGAAGAUGAAUGACAGCCAGCUGCUGCAGGAAGUAGAGCGCCUGGUGGAAAAAUUCUCCGAGAUCCUCGAGAACAAUUCGGACAAGUCAGGCCGAGCGCAGCUGGUUUUCAACUUGUACACGGCGAAGAAUCGCAAGCAGAGCCUCUGGAAUAUUUUUGUCGGGAGUGACGAGAAGAUCGUGUUUGAGCAGUGGCGAAUCCCAGUGGCCGUCCAGCCACUCAACAGGUAUCUUAAUCCUGCAGACAAUCUACGAGAAGAAGCAAACUUGCAG